AUGGAGAGGACGACCAAUGCCUUUGGACGCAUUCCCUGCGAGAUGCUGCGACUGCUGAUGCUGCCAAGCAAAGGCCUCAUGGUUCUAGAGACCUUCAGCCUAGCCCUGCGUCACGUGGAUUAUGGUGCUCAGCGCGAGCACAACGAGGUGUUUGAGCGCAGCUUCCUGCGCGCGCUGUCGCAAUUCCUCAUUCGUGAGGGUGGCGUUUGGGAUGCCGAAGUGUCCGACGGCUGGUCGUGGGUCUACAGCACCUUCAGUGAUGAGCUGCUCAGCGCCCUCGAAGUGGUAAAGCCCAAGGUGGAAGCCGUGCGGAGCUCUUGGAAUCAAAUCAUCACCAAGUCGGUGAUGCAAUCUGAGUUCUCGGACGACUCACACGCAUCUGGCACUACGCACAUGUCGAGCCGUCGACACAGCGUCAGCGGCCGCACGAUUGCGAGCAUCCACGGGACUGGGGGCAUGCUGAGCAGACGCAGUAGCCACAAGAGCCACCAGAAGCGGAGCACCCUGAAUGCGGAAAUGUCCAACGAAGAUGGCGUUGAUGGGCGUCAGAGAGCUUUGGUUUCUGUUGGGGCGGCCAUGGCUCGGCGGCUUCAGGUGCGGAACACAGAGCUUGAACACUCUGAGACCUUUCAGAGUCAAGCUGCACGUAAACGCUGCAUUCACGGGAUUGGUUCAAGGAUUUCUAGAUAUUCUGCAUACCCACAUUGUGCAAAUGUGCAUGCAUACAUACGUGCCUAUGUACGUGCGUAG